GGGUUGCUUUCCAACGUCAACCUGACAGCCGCUUCAGCUGCGCUCAUUCAGCGCCGGAGAUCCGCCGUGUUUACUGCUCCGUGCCCAAACCCGAGACUGAGGACACUUUUGGGGAUUGCCUUGAGAGGAUAUUCCGGCUAAAGCUCCGCGCAUCUGGUGGAUUUUAUUCUCCGGUAAGACAGAUUGUGUAUUUCACGCUGAGGCGCUGUGUUACUCCUAAUAUUUCCGUCCACUUUCUGCUGCUGCAACGUCGAGUUGAUUUAAUGGAAAAGAGUUGACCAAGCAUUUUGUCCACGGUGGUGCGUCUAAAGGGGGUCACUCACUCCAGCUGGAUCUGUAUGGAUUACAGAGCCGCGGCAUGUGCAUUAAGAGAAUAGACUGAGUCCAUUAAAAGGCAGGAGCAUCCAUAACUGGGUCCAGAUUAUCUGCAAGAGCUGCAUGAGAAAAUAUCCAUAUCAUAGAGGGAUAGAGUGGGAAAGCGCUGUUUGGUGAGUUUGUACCUGAUUAGGACGAAUCAGAGCAUCGAGCAUGAAUAUAUGUCAUUAUAAAGGCUAUUUUCAGCUGUUGUUUGAAGUGACUUUAUGUGAAUUAUUGAGAUUUUAUGAUAAAAAUAUGUGGAGGAAUCUCAAGAGCUGCAGACUGUGUCUUCAUCUGGGAUUUUAAAAUGAUCAAAGUACGCAGCAUAUGCCUUUUUACGCACAAAUCAGUUCAACACAAGGAGAUAUUUAAACAUCAUAUUGGCACAGCUGAUUCAGAUGCAGUCAUCUAUAUAAUUCAUCAUGUACUAUCUACAAGAUUUGCUAAUUCUCCUUUGUGCAAAACAAUCUCAACAUUAUAAAUAAAAGGUUUUAUGAGAGAGACAGUGAUUCAGCGGUGCUCACUGUCUGCUAAAUCAUCUGCAGGGUUACAUAAGCGGCAUAUUUGGACAUGCUGGAAGUUUGUGGGCCGGGCAAUAAAAAUGAUAAGGGUAGUGAUGAUGAGGAUGGUGUGUGUGUAGGUGGAGGAUGUGAAAGCGGUGGUCACCGUUGGUCGAGAAUACUGUAUACAGUGCUGAGAGAUGCAGGGAGGAUGCAGAGCAGCAGAGGAGGAGGAGGAGGCACAGCCAAGUUUGUGGACUUCUUCUGUCAACACGUCAAAUUUGACAGAGAUGUGCUGCAAGCUGUACGCAGAAUUCCCACAGAGUGCUGUAAUGAGGUGUUACUACAGAGCCUGGAUGAGCUGCAGUUUAAUUUACACUCUCAACGGGGGAAGUAAAUCAGUUUUUAGGAACUAAAUAGACUACAUACAGAGAGCUGUGUGUUUAGUGUGUCAUUUGAGAUGACUCUUUGCUGAAAGAGUUUCAAAAAAUGUCCAAACCACACAAGAAAUCAUCUAAAUCACUCUUUUUUAACCCCUAUUUCCUUCACACUUGUCGAAAACAUGCUUCCUGUGGUAAAACAGUAAAUUUAUAACCAAAUAAACAACAACUGAAAGGUUAAAAUCUAUAAAACCCGCAUUUUACGUCUUAUUUUUUAGUUUUUGUAUCUGUAUCCUGUUGUACGGCUUCAUCAGUGCUGUGUGGGUGUGGUUUGAUCAGGUUUAAUUGACUGGAGCCUGGCAACGUAAACGGCCCCACAACUGUCAUUUCAGUCUGCGUCCAACAAUUGGCUACCAAAGCACAUGAGCUCACCCUCAUAAUUCAAACUGGUGUGAAAUAAACAAGUUUCACAUGUGUUAAAACCUCCCAUGUGAAAAAAAACAAACACUUAUGUAUUCAUGUCGCAACCCAUUAAUCAUAGCAGGGUGAGAAUAUGUUUAUUCAAGCCUUAAACCCGAGAUACUCUGUUACUGGAGGAGUACGCCAGAACUCAUAUUAGUGUUUUUGCCUAAUGUUAAAGCGUCUUCAAAAUGUGACGUGCAAAUUUAAGGUGGUCAGUGUAAUAUUGAUCAUGCAGGUUCAUUUUUGCAGAAAAAACUAAUGUGCAAAUUGUAUCAAAUGCAAGGUAUAUGUAAUGAAAACAUGCAUGUUUACAGUGCACAUGUUAGAUUUUGCAUGUUAUCUUUUUUCUGCAACAAUAAUUGAGAUUUACUUUUGUUAUUUGGAAUUAACAACGACUGGAAGUGCAAAAAAAUGUGUAAAAUUGGGGUAAAACGAAGCAUCCUGUGACUUCCAUCACUUGUUGCUAGGGCUGGGCGAUACAAAGAUUAUGAUAUCAAAAAUUGAUUUCCCUUGAUAUCGAUAUGAAACAUGGUCAGUAGGCUUUUUGAUAGCCGGUAUUCUGCCAUGUUUUGGAAGACUAUGCUGAUAGCCAAUGAAAAGGGGAGUUGCUACGGGUCGCACAGCGCUGAUUCACUCAUGUGCUGAAUUUCAAGUAGCAAACAAUGGCGUAGCAGCAGGCAGCAACUACACGCAACCAUAGUACUUUAACAUGUGAAGCCAACAGUGUGUUGGUGAGAAAUAAAGAAAAUGAGUGCUACCGCCGGCGGAAAUGCAGACGAAGUCAUCGUUGACAACACUGGUAUGAAAACAUCGCUAGUGUGGAGGUAUUUUGUUUUUUUUGAGGUCGGACAUAAAGUAGAGUAGUGUGCACUGCAAAUUAUGUCGAGUACAUGUUAAAUGUCAUUUAAAAGUAACAGGGAACAUUUAAGAUUGACAAGUAUUUUUUUAUAUCAUGAUACAAAUCGAUACCAAUUGAAAUGAAAAAAAUACAUAGUGAUAAACUGUUUCCCUUAUCGCCCAGCCCUACAUGCAAAUUGCAUUCUAUGCAGAGUAGAUGUGAUGAAAACAUGCAUGUUUACAUUGCACUUGUUGGAUUUUCCAUGUUAGUUUUUCUGCAAUAAUAAUAACGAUUUCCUUUUGUUAUUUGGAAUUAACUACAACUGGAAGUGCAAAAAAUGGUCUAAUUAGAGUAAAGCGAAGCUGCCUGUGACUUCCAUCAUUUGUUGCUCAUGGUUAUUAACUAUGUCCUUUGGCGAUUUAACUUUUAGAGGCUUCACAAGGUGACAGAAAGUAUCUUGUAAUUUAUAGGACAAUAUUUCACAUGAACGUCAUGACUUUCCUCCUCUGUAACUUUCAAACUUUCUACGUCACACGUUAACGAAUAGAUGACAAUAAUUAAAAGCGGCUUACUCCUCUUGACUCUAAGUUAUUUGUGGUUAAGCGGCACAAAUUUAGAAAUAUCAAACACUCAUCCUAGUAAAACUAUUUUCUCUUCAGUGUCCAUGCAUGUCGUCUAACAGGACACUUUGGACUGCAAACCGGCCCCAGCUGCCAGUUGGCAGCUCCCUCAGAUAAGUCUGUGAGGUUUUUUUUUUUCCUCUGACAUCUAGUAGUAGUUUUGGCGUUCACUAAAUACAUGAGCUGAUUUCGCAGCGAGAAAGUCAUGAUGCAACCCGUCAGAUUCGACCCCAAAACUAUCAUGCUGAGCGUUUACAGCCCGAGUCCAGGAAACAGCUUUAAAAUGUGGGUGAGACAAAGGUCUUGGCAGCAUUGCUCUUAAAGCCUUUAGGAUCUCCAUGGUAUGGUGGAUCUGUUUCUAAAGUGAUGGCAUAUGAGCAGCUGUGCCAGAGGAAUCUCAUUGACACUGCAGCUCAUACUGACAGACAGUAGCUGCGAGCUGCAUCAGGGUUAAAUUCUCUUCAGUAAAGGGGGGAAUUUUCUCUCUACCCUUCACAGGAGCAGUUGUUGUGAUACUGAAAUGUUCGCGGUGACACUGUAGUGCAGUUUUGCAUGCAGUGAUUGCAUGUGUUUAUUACUGGUGUGAGGGAUUUACCUUCCUGCAAACACAACAAACUCCUCCGAGUGCAAAGGCCACCUGAUUCACAGUCACAAGAGUUAUGAAGAUUCUGAUGAAAGUCAACCCCUCAUAAAUCACAGAGGCAUGCUGGGCCUUUGCAGCCUCUGCCUCAUUGAUUUAUCUCCUCCGCUGCUCUCCUGUUGUAAAAGCUUCCGCGGAUAUUUAUUAAUGCAUGCCACCACCAAUUCCUUAGUCUUUUAUCAUCUUUAACUCUUUGAAACAGAUCCCCAAGGACAUGAUCCUGUUUAAAUCAAGCAGCUGAAUAAUGAAGGGGCUGCGGAGAGGAGCAAAAACCUGCAGUUCCUCAAGUGUCCACUUGAGUCCAAAAACAAAGGAAAUCCAACUAGACCUCAAAUUAAAGACCCAGUCUGAUGAAAAUCAUGUUUUUCUUUUUUUUUUACAUGUUCUUAUGGCAUUUUUCUGAUGCUACAGGAUGUAUCAUGAGAAAAAUAAGUGCGAAAAUUACAUUUCUGACUAUUUCUGCAUUCAAAUCUGGCAGACCCAAACGGCAGGUUCAGAUACAGUGAGAUUUUAUACGUCACAAAUCCAAGCUUCGCCCCCAGAACUCGGCUGUAUUGGCAACACUCUGAGAAAUAGAGAGGACAAGCGUGUGCAUUAGCAGAUGGCAAUGUUCAUAAGAAAGCAAAUAAUGAUAUUAACUUUCGUCAUGUCCCCAAAGACAUUAGUGUCUGUUACCUGCUACUUCUACAACACAAGGCUACAAGCUAGCAUGAAGAGAAGUGUGCAGAGCAGCGCUGUCUCCGCCCACAACUCAGAGGCGAAUUGCUAAUAAGUUACUGGAGCUCUACAGAAGAAAAACCCUUAAAAAUGAAACAGGUAACGUGAUUUUAGCUAAAAUCUUAAUAUCACAAUUCAAAGACCACUGAGAACAUUUUAAGUAGUAAAACAAACAAAAUGAUCGGCGUAGGACUUUGAAGUCUUUUAUCGCAGAAUUAAACACAACAUGGUCUUUUUUACGUACACCUCAUGUUUUUAUUUGCUAUGAUGGUGAUUUAACUUUUUCAUUAUUUGUUUGAUUUUAAUAAAAUUGCUGAAAAAUCUGGGGUAUGGCUGCUUUGAGCGAUAAAAUGCAGCUUCAAAUUCAUGAAAGGUUUAAUGUUUUGAUCCGUAGUGGUCAUCCGAUGUUGAUUUCCAGAUACCUAUCAUUCGUAGUUCAUGAGACUAAUAAUCUAUUAGGGAGCGGAUAUGCAUGGACAGGGAAAUUAAGAACUUUUCUCACAAAAUUAAGCCUUUCACAAACCUUUUAAAGGAAACAGGAAAUUCAAAUAUCAUUUAUAGUUGGACAGUAUCAGGGAUAGCUUUCCACAUUAUCUCUUUCUUGUCCUACAUGCUGUUUAUGGAUUCUGGUGGUCUUGUGCAUCUCAUAUUGAGACACCCGUUAACAACUUACGUGUAAUGACAUUUUUUAUGGAUAAAUCUGCAAACGUGCAAAAGUUUUAUUCCGACAGAGAACUUAAAGCUGUCUUCGAACUCUGUAAGAUAAACUCUUAUUGUGUUUCAGCUCCAAAAACGUUAUUAGCUCGAUUAUACAUGAUGUAUUUUUUCUCACUUUCCACCUCUGGGCUGAUGUUCUCAUCUUACAAAAAACCACAAUGAUGUUUGUAUUCAGGAGUCUCAGAGGCUGCCCUCAGGUUCUGGAUUCAGUUUCGGGGCUGUGAAACCCUUUGAGGGGAUUUUGUUCCGCUCAUACAUUAUGGAGGGUCAUUUUUCUCCACUUAAGUCUCAGCGCCCGAGCCGUCUGAUGAGACCUGUCAUGGGUAAGCGCCUUGAGAAGCUUCAUCUGAGGAGCUUUUAGCUUCUGCAGCGGCUCGCAGUGUGAGCUACAGCGCUUUGUGGGGGGACGGAGGGACAGUGGAAAGAGGCUGUGCGGUUUCUAAGGGUGUUGCAUGUUUGUGUGAGCUAAACAAACUGUCGGUGACACAGGCUUCCUGAUUUACUGUGUGGGAGGGGGCCUCUGGCAUUCAGAAUAGAGGAAAUGGUCCCGGGGAAGCUCUGAGUGUCUUUGUCUUCCAAAGGUGAACAUGCAGUACUGGAUACUCUUCACAUUGUGCUCACUUGUUGUUUCAAACCUUUCGUGCAGGAAAACAAACAAACAGAAAAAGCAUCUUAUUUUCAUUUUGGAGCAUUUCCAUUUCAUUUAAAUGCAAAGCGGCUGUUUGAAAGCUCAUUUCGCUCCGCUUCAGUCUCUCCCCUCCAUUCUGCGUUUUCUGCUGUGAUGAGCAAAUGUGUGCUGCAAACAUUUCUGUUGAAUCUCCAAUUAGCUUAGUUACUCUACUGUGAAAAUGGGACUGUUAUUAUUGUCAAACUCAAGCUGCCGUAAGCCGUGCCAAAAUCCCCUCCAUAUGAUUGUAGUUAAUUGGUUUGCAGGGUUAAUUAAAGUGCCAAAUUACGUUGGAGCCCUUUUAAAACCACAUUGUGUUAUUGUCUGUGCUCUUCAUGCUGGUCUUAAACACAAACCAUCGCGUGACUCAGAUAUUCAUUCAGGUUUUAGUGGAAUAAUGUUGUUCUUGUUUGGCUGAAAACACUUGCAGAGGCUCCUAUUUGCACAUUUAUGAGCUUGUAACACUCAUCUAUUUAAAUUAAUUGAACUGUUUGCAUUGUUUCAUGCGUAUCUGCUCGGCAAACACAUUUUUCAGAGGAGCUCUCUCAUGUUUUGCGGCUAAAUGCUUUUGUCACACAAACCAAAGGCAUACUGAGCAACUUGAGCCUGUCGGUCGUGACGUGAAUAGCUCCCCUGGAGGUCAAGUCUAGGGCCCACAUGGAGCACACAGAGGAUAUUCCCUCGUUUCCUUGCGGGGGGGCGUCUUAAAACAGCAGUGAAUUUGACCGUGUUCCAGGGUUAUUUUAGUCGUGGUAAUUCCAGCAGGGAACCUCUCAUAUUAGUCCCGGGAGACCCUGUGUGUACUGUGUGUGGUCAGACUUUAAACUGAAGGAUAAUAAGAUAUAAAAGCUUAUUUUUGAUGGACAUUUUUACAGCUCUGUAAAAACCAUCAUUUUAGCCCAUAAUCUGUCAGUUACAUAUUACUGAUUAUUCCCAUUUAUUAUCUACGUUUCUUCAUAAAUUUUAUCAUAACUAGGGCUGUCCCGAUAAGAUAUUGGAUAUAGGUCUGAUAUCAGCCAAAAAACUAAUAUCAGAUUAUAUCAGCCUGCAUCUAAAAUCUCCAAAAUCAGCACUCCAAUACAAGCAGUCCAUUCCAGACUCCGCUCUGGCACCUCUAUCUUGCAGCACCCGGAUCCAGCAUGUAGAGCCCAAGUGACGACAACAACAGUGUGUAACUAAGGUACGAACAAAGUACAGAGGAGUAGGAGUAAUGUCGGCCGUGUGACAAUAUUUUUCAUGAAAGUCCGAAAAAGACAUUGCAGCUGAGUGCAAAACUUGUCAUGCACAAGUUUGUGCUAAUAUCGGAUCAAUAUCAGUAUCGGCCAGUAUUGAAGGCUACAAUAUCGGUAUUGUAUCGGAAGUUAAUAAGUUGUAUCGAGACACCCCUAAUCGUAACUUUUGUUUGCCUGAACUGCCAGUCAUGUGUUGUGUCUAAUAAGGGUUGUAUGCAGGCUGUGUCUGAUUAAAGCUCCUGUGAGGAACUUUUGGUUUGUGUCAAUUUUGGCGCCCUCUUGUGGACACAACAGUCAUGUCAUAUCAUACAAGUUUCAAGUCUCAUCAUUUUGACUUCUUAAGGUUGGAUCUAUCAUUUAUUGUGUUUUCAUGUAGUUGCUUGGCUGACACCCACCCCCUCUCAAUGUUCCAGAAAUUAAAUAUUACAAUAUAAAAAAACAACAGCACUGCUUAUCAAACGUCAAAAAAAUAAUGUAUGUUUAUUGAGCUAUUUUUUGAUGCAUGGUCAGACUAAUCUGUUUUUAUAUUAGGUAUUUCUUUUACUCUUCCGCUAAGAGAGAUUAAACUCACAGACAGAAACCCAAAUGGAUUUUUCAGACUUUAUAGGAAGAGUAAAUGCCAUUAAAUGAGCCAAUAAAGCGCCACUCAGUGAUUUAUAGAUUGCUUUGCCUUUACACAAACAAAAUAUAAAAGAAUAUUGCAACAUCUCUUCACACUCCCUGGCACUUUUGGCCUUAAAAUCGCUGCAGCAGACACAGUUAUAAAGCACUGAAGAAGCACACAGAGGAGUUUGUGUGAAACCGUCAGCCCAUCAUCAACAAAGAAAGCUGAUUGACCUGUAAAAACGUGCAUCCAUGUGGUGGAAAGAACUGCAGGAAUCAGCCUCACUUUCCCACCAGACUCCACUCUACGCUCCAGUCGAGCAGCGAGCACAUGCUCAGCAGGUUAUGCUAUUUUAAUCACUGCCCGGAAGGCGUAUAGCUCCAUCAAAACAUUUACAUUAACACCAAGGAGAAUCAGCAGCAGCUAUGCAGGUGCAAUGCACGAUGGACGGGUUUUAUUUUUAACCUGUGUAUUUUUAUCAAAGUAUUUGUGCUAUUUUUUCCUUUGCGUAGACUAGAGGCCUCUGGAAUAAGAUCCUUGUCCUACGGUGGACCUUUAGCACUCUUAACCUGCUUAUAGCGUAACCAGAGAGGGCCGCGCUGUGUGCCGUGUUAGUGUGCUGCUAAAAUAAUGAUGAUGGGUGCUUUCUGAUCCAACUCUGCAGCUUUACUCUCUCUAAAAAAGCAAACUUUCUCUGAGGUUUUAUACGAGAUUCAUGUUUUUAUGUUAGCUUUCGCCUAGCAUCACAAAACGGCCCGCCUGGCUCUGAUCAGCUGGUCCAGGCCUCUAAAGCUGACUAAUGAACAGGCCGAAGUGUAAAAACAUCAAGUUUGGCUUCACGGAGAGGUAUGUGCUGGAGCGGCUAAUGGUUGUUUUUGUUCUGGGUUUUAAUUGGAUUAAAGAGCUAGAGACAUUACGAUAAUUACCGAGCGUAAGAACUGCUGGCAGCACAAAUUUGUAACUCCAUCCAAGCAACAGCAGAAGGAAGUGUUUGUCACCUUGAGCAAGAAUCACAAAAACACAGAGUAAGAUUGACACGUCAGGAGUAAAGGGAGCACACUUCUUGUCCGAACUGAGUAAAAGUGCAAAAGUAAAAUCAGCAAAAAUGAAACUUUCGCGGACUCUCUGCUCCUGUGAAUGAUUUAUGAGACUACUGUUGCAGCCGGUUCAAGUGGAGCUAAUUUUGGUGCUUUUUAUCAGGCCGCCUCGAAAGGAUCACCAAAUAAAUCUAAGAGAUCUCCAGAAGAUUAAUGAGGUAAGGGGAGGGGGGAAAAAACAAGUCAGGAUUUCCUCUACUCUGCUUUUUCUCGAAAUUAAUGGAGAGUUUUCCUCUCCGGGCUCUCCAAGAGUCUUUUUAACAAAACAGUGUGUGAGGAUUAGAUGUUGAUGACAGCUCUGAAGCCUGUGAGUAAGAGCCCCAGCAGGAUGCAGCUUUUUUAAGGCCUCUCAAGUUCGAGGUUGAGAGUAGGGGAAAUGCAGAAACUGGAAAUUGACCCUUUAGGUGCAUUUUGUUCUCCUCUCUUUUCAAAGUUGAUGUACAAUCCUGUCCUAUGAUAAUGCGUGUUUUGAAUCGUGUCAUGUCAUGUUGAUUCCCCUUCAUCUCUAGUUGGAAAUGGUUAAUUUUAAACAGUCUUUUGCAAUUUAUAUUAUAUGUUUGAGGCUUGCUUCUCUAGUUAUACCAACUUUAGUAACAACCACAGGAUAGCAAUACACAGCGGUCUACAUCUUCAUGUGCAAACCUCAACCAAAAUGCCACUCUAUAGUCACAAAUAAUGCUCAGAACAGCACCUAACUUCAUCAACAGGACAUAUAGGGUCCCAGACAUAGUACUAGACACGAAACAUCUUUUUAACUUUGCCUAAUUUCUUUAGUAAAGAGACUAAACACAACUUACCCACUCUCUUCCAGCAGCCGCUUGUUUGUGGGGAAGCCCUGAUGAGUCGAUCACCAAGUGCAGCGGAAAAUUUAUGACUAUCACUUCAUGGAAAUGCAAUCAGACCAAAACGCUAAGGCAGAAGAACUACCGCACAUACAAGAUACACAAGAACUCUGAUUGCAUUUCAGUGAGGUAAUAAUCAUAAAUGUUCUUCCUUGAGCUGCGAAACUCCGCUGAACCCCUCCGCUGUUGCAUUAACUAGGGUGACCAUCUUCUGAAUCCCCAAAGAGAGGAUAUGACUACACGUGGCAGAGUCGCAUGUAGUAAAUUUUGAGGGCUUUUUGGGUCGGGUCAAGUGUUUUUUUUCGUGCUUCUAACUCAGUUAGUCCAUGCUACACAAACUCAAAACUUCCAUACGAAACCACGGACAUUUGAAGGAUUUUAUAAACUCCCCUGGACAAGGCUGGACAGCCCCCAAAAAAAGAGGACAUGUCCGGGUAAAAGAGGAUGUAAGGUCAACCUACAUUAACUCAUGUUUGGGGUCUCCUGCAGACAAAAUGCAUGACAUGUAAACGAAAUUGUCACUCCUCUCAUUGGCAUCAAUUUUUUGUCUCAGUUAAAACCCCUUAUAGGAGCUUUAAAAAAGACCACAAUAUGAAAUAAAUGUAAACAAAAGAGAAAUGCAACUUCCCUCUAAAACAGGCAGGAUUUUUUGUUAGAUGGAUAAAAAACAAAUAAUAAAAACAUCUGUGUAUGUGUUAAUGCAGCGUGAGUUACCCUAAACAAUACUGAGGGGUCGGUAACAGCUGUCUCUUUAAAGCUUCAGUGCACAAAAACAGGAAAUUUUUAGUUAUGUCAAGACGCUUAAUAACAAACUCUGUUCCUCUAAAAAGAAAAUGAUGCAGAGUUCAUCCUCAGGAAAUGUCUGCAGGAAGAAAAUAUGAGAGUUUGGAUGGACAGAGGAUCAAAUAUAGGAAAUGAGUCCACGCUUUGGCUUUGUGGAGGUUACUAUUUUAGUGUGUCAGAGACCGGAGCGAUCACAGAGCAGUAGUACUCGCAGCAGGUCUCUCUGCGCUCGGGUUUGAGGACAUGACUGUGUGAUGUUAAGCAGUCUUCCUCCUACAAUAACAACCCAUUUGUCUCCAUCAGUGAGCUGUGACCGGCGUCCUCUGUUUCUCUUUGAUAAAUCUGUUUUGUCUGGCAGCUUUCCACGCUCGUACCCUUCGGUGCAUGAAAUAGCUUUUGGUUCUUUUAUGACUCACCUACUGCAGAGCUCCGCCACCGAGUAUCCGGCUUCACUGGGACUCUGUCAGCUGAUCAGAUCUCAAACUGAGCAGGUAAACUAUGUCAAAGGCUGUUAGAUACACCCGAGUUAGAAGUAGUUUCUUUAUAUUUGCACAUAUAAAUAUUUGAGUUCUGUCCUGCAGGAGGCACAUGCAACAACUUAAUACAUGUGCAUCACUUGCUUCCUGACUGCAUUGAUAUUUUGCUUUCUUUAAGUGCAUUAAAUUGCAUUUUCCCAGCAAGUUGUCUGAGCAGGAUCGAACAUUAAAGGUCGAAGUCAUCCUGUGUUUACACGGUUUCAUGCAGACAGCAGACGGACUAUAUCAUGACCACUCCCUUAGCCGUAGAUUUGAUUUACAGGACAGCAAAAACUUUUCCCAUAACUUUUUUUAAAACAUCUGAAGGCAAUGCUUUCCUCUAGUCACGGAUGCUGAUGCUGUUCAUUUCAAGGAUUUCUUGUUUGCGUGUUACUGUCUGCCAAUUCCAUUUACUGCAAAAUCUGGGACAUGAGCCAUAAAGGUUUAUUAAAUGCAUGUUUUUUUGGGGGGGCACUCCCAUGUGGAAAAGAGCCAGAGCUAUCUCCCUGCAUGCAGACUUUCACUGCUUUUAGCAAAGAUCACAAUGUGCUGUUUCUGUGCAGCUGUGCAGCUGUUUGUUGUACCUUCUGUUCAUGCCACCUUGGGCGUUAAGAGUUGUGUUGCUCACAACUAGUUCACUGAGGCUCAUUCUACCCCUCUCCAGUGCUCACUUAUCUGAAAUUAAAGUGUCUUUUUAACAGCAAAACACUUUUUUUACUUAAAUGCAUAAUCACCACCAGGACUAUUUAUUUGCCAUGCUUUGCACAGUAAAAUAACUGCAUGUAUCUUGCAGUGUAGUCUUCUAGACAGACAACACUAGGAAAAUAAAUGGUUAAACCAAACCAAACCAUUUUAUACUGUUGCACCCGUGCACAGUGGGUAGAGUACUUUCUAAGAGACAAAAAGUGUCUUUAGUCCAGUUUAUCUUCUAUGUCGAACCUACGCCAAACCCUACAUAGUAAAUACACAUGUACCAUGUGCAGAGAAGGGAUGCACAGAUCCACUUUUUUACCUCUGAUACAGAUAUCUACAGUUUUUAUAACCUGCAGUUUUACCACCGCCCCUCAGAACGUUUACUGCACAGGUAUUGCAGGUGACCGUCCUCAGUAGGCUGAGGUAAUGUGAUAACAUCCAAGAUAGCAGACCCCUUCGCUGGCUCCAUUUUGCAAAAGAUGUGGGCCUCCGCUCAGUGUGUUUACUUGUGGACGCCACUCAUGGUGCAUAGCAUAGAGUUAGACUGAAGAGAUCGGCCCCUAUGCAUCAGGCCCAUUGUUUCGAUACUCGAUCUAGAAUUUUCUUCAGUAUUGGGACCGAUACCAAAAUCAAACAUCUGAUCAGUGCAUCCCUAAUGCAGAGGCCUACAUGCAUAGCUGAUGUGCAUCUCGACUGCAUAUGCUGUGACUGGUCUGCUUGAUGGUAGGGUUGGCCCGAUACGAUAUUGAUAUCAGAUAUCAGUCCAAUAUCAACAAAAAUACGAAUCUAACAUCUAAAAUCCCCGAUAUCAGCACUCUGAUGCAAGCAGUCCAUUCCAGACUCCACUCCAGCAUCCAGAUCCAGCAUGUAGAGCCGAUGUGAUCACAACAACAGUGUGUACUAAUGUACGAACAAAGUACCAAGGAGUAGGCCUGAUGCCCUGUGGCAGGAUUUUUUAUAAAAGUCCAAAAAAGACAUUGCAGCUGAGUGCAAAACUUGUCAUGCACAAGUUUGUGCUAAUAUUAAAGGCUACAAUAUCGGUAUCAUAUUGGAGGUAAAAAAGUUGUAUUGGGACACCCCUACUUGGUGGUAGAGUUUCCAGUAUUGCCUGUUCCCCGUCUACUUAGCUUGGACUCAAACAUCACUAUAAUCCAUAAAAAGUCUGCUCGUUCUGCAAAUGAUUCACCAGCAUGCCAAAAAAUCACUUUUUCCUCAUAUAAUAUUUCUGUUAUUGCCUCAAAACUGAGCUCACGGUCUCAGUUUAAACUUUCAAACGCUGCUGUAUCUACAUCUAUUAGUUCGCCGCUGUGACUCAGUGAAAAUAAUGUUAUUGAGUGAAGCAGUUAGAUAUUCUGCUGGUCAAAAAAUGAAACCCCGGAUGAAUGCAUCUUCUUUUUAUUAUGCUUAAUGGAUAACAUGUCGGCGUUGCUUUUUUAUUUACUUUCAGGCAGCCUCACAGAUCUGAAAGAGGAUAAUAGAAAAAAAGUCUCUGUCAGAGGAUUACAGAGGCUCAGGCCACAAAAAUAUCUGCUGACCAAAGCAAAAACGGAACAUCAAUAUCUGAUCAACCCAGAUUUCAUUGAAGGUCUGGGAUGAUUUAAUGAGAGGAUAUGAAGAGGAAAGAACUUCACUCAUUCACCAUUCUCCAUGUGCUUCACUACUUUAAAGGGCACACCGUGUUCUGCCCCGGCAUGGGAGGAAAAUGGUGUGUGACAGACUCUUUCAAUAUUCAUGAGUCCUGCGGAUACUGGGCUGCAUCAUCUCUCCUGUAAGCGCACACCCUCAGGGGCCCGGCUGACCACCGUGAAAGGUUGUAUCUAACACUUAUCUCACAUGUUUACCACCGGUGUGGUGAGCCUCUCCUUUCUUCUGCGAGCGUAACGCACACAUUCAUGCACCAUUGUUGUGAGCAGAUCCAUGUGCCCGCCCUGAGAACGUUGGCAUGCUGGCAUGGAUGAGGGCGUGAGUGCAGUGACAUGAAUACUCAGGCAUCUGGGCUGAUUUCUGCACUGGAGCACAGCCUCUCCUCUCUCUCCGUGUUAAUGCAAAGAAUAUUGCGUGCAUCAGUCUGGGUGGGGGGAGCGUGGGGGGAUUCAGAGUUGAGGAGGUCUUUUCAUGCAACAAAGAGGACUCCUCCCUCACAUCUGUGUGGGAUUGUUAUUGUUUUCCCUGACAUCUGGAUGUGCCCUUGGCAACUUGGAGGCUUGCAUGAGGUCUGCUCUCAUGUCCUGGGUCUUGGUAACAUCUGAGUCUGAGAUGUGGAGCUCUUAUUCUGUCCAUUUUUCAGUCACAUGGGAAAGAUUACUCUAAAUGUACAUCUGGCCCCACGGCCAAUAUGCACAGGCUAUAUUUGGUCUUGUUGAUUAAGGAAGGAAGCGCUGACAGAGGCCGUGUUUCCACGCUAUUCUUGAAAACCUUUUCUUCUUCUUGUGUUUUUUCAUUUCACACGCUGAGCAUCUCUUUGGGUUUUUCUUAGAAUUUCCUGUUCCUUACAUCCUCUUCUAUCUUAUUAGUUCAAUCUUUUGUCUUACUUAGUCUCGCUGAAUGACAGAACACAGUGGGUGACCGAGCCGGCUGGAAACAGGACCGACUCCUUCCUCCUUCUCCCCCGUUGAGACUUCCUUUUUAUUGCAAAUCAUUUAUACGCCAUUACUGACCGAAAAUCGGCAAAGACUUUAUAUAAGGUGUUGAAAAAGAAGAGUUUUAAUGUUUUGUUUAAGAUGCUCACUUGUUUUAAAAGGGAUUCUAGCAACACCUUUAAUAAAGUUCAGAAAGAGACAGCAAAACACUAAAAAUGUGUGAUAUUUCGGUUUAUUUGCAACAUGACCGGGUAUAAAGAGGAAACAUCUGAGAGGCUGAGUCUCCCAGAAAGAAGGUUUACGACUUUGUGUGAGAAAACAGUCCCAGAAUUAUCUUCUUCAGCAUGAAAUUAGGAGUUUCAUCGACUACAGGACUAAAUAUUGUCAAAAAUUUUAGGGAAUCUGGAUAAAUAUAGACAUGUCUCUGUAGUGAAAAUUACUGCAUGGUCUCUAAAGUCACCUGUAUGAACACAGUUUAUAUCUUCAUCCACAGAUGCAGGUUAAGACUGAAGUAAAUAAGAUGGACUGAUGCAAAGUGUGAAACCGUCCUGUGGUCAUGUUUUUGACAUCGUUUUUGGAAAUCAUGGACUUUGUGUCCUCUAUUUAGAAGGAGAAGAGUUUUGUUAUCGACACACCGUUCAUAAUCUUACACCUUCAAUUGUAUGUGGACGAAGAAUCGACCAAUAAUCGGCACGGCCAAUAAUAUCAGCCGAUAUUCAGCAUUUUUAUAAUAAUAUCAGACGUUUUUCCACUGAUAGCCGUCAAUAUACGUUUAUUUUAAAACGUGCUUGUUCGGCUCUUACACAGCCGCUUCUCUCUGCCCGAAGUCACCACUCUUGGCUGUGUAACAUAUCGCACCUACAGUCCUCUCCUCUCUGAUUGGCUAAACAGACAACCAAUCUACACUGUAGGUGCAGCUUCACAGCGAGGGAGAGAGAGAGAGGACAAAAGAAACAAACUAGUAGGUAACACCACUGCUAGAGGUGCUCUUCGGUUCAUUUCAAAAUAAAAGCAUGUGUUUCAAAAUAAGGCUAAAAUAUACAUUUUUACUGCAAAUGAAUAUCGGUUCUAAAUAUCGGUUAUCAGUUUCCUUGAUUACUAAUAAUCGGUCGAUCCUUAAUGGGUAUGCAUAAGUGCUCAUAGCAUGGGGAGCCAACACAUCAGGCAAUGCUGAACAACAUAUACGGGUUUAGGAGCUCCAAUCCAGUUCUUGCAUAUUGCACCAAGACAACUGGUCCAACUACAAUGCAGACUGGUCCUCCUUUGAGAAUAUCAGUUUAUGUUUCACAAAAUGAAAGAAAAAGCAAAAUAAAAAUGAAGAAAACCCACAAACUUCUGUGCAGCUGAACUCCUACAUGAAGUCAUAAUGUGACAGUAUUUUUAAAUCUGGUUUCCUCAGUUACCGAACGAUUGAAGGAGAGGUGAUUCAACACGCGGGUCAACAUGAUCCUGUCCCGACUGCUUUGGAGUUUGUUCUUGACAUCUAAUUCAAACAGUUUCAGUUUGUUUCCUUUCCUCUGUUAUCAAUUAGAUAAAGAGUCGAAACGAUCUGCAAACAUUUAACACGUCGUCCAAAGCUUUUAGAGUCGGGGUUGUACUUGCAAACAUCUCUCUUGGACUAGUCUGGAUAUUUUUGUCCUCAUUAGUCGGAGGUGGUUUAGUCAAACAGCUGCACUCUUCACUUUCUUUCCCAUUAAACUGUUUUUUUAAGAUAACCCUUCCUGAUGGCAUGCACACACUCGUCACAGUAAACACGUCAUGAUACCGACUGUGGUGAUAUCAGCGCCUCGAUGCCACGACUAAUAACAUUCAGUGUUUCUCAGAGGCGCUGAGACAGUCUUCAUGUUUUCAUCGUUAUGUUGACAGCUAAUUUCAGCACGUAGAAAUCCACAUAUUUGGAGUCUGUCUAUACAGAGAGUGUUGAAAUACCUCAGAGGGAGUGUGUUGUGAUGCUGCCAAAAGGGUGGUGUGUGUUUUUGCAUCAGCACAUUUUGUCCCGUUCAUCACAUAUUUUCUCAUAUAGUUUUCUCCAAACUUGUUAUGUCACAUGAUUCAAUGACUUACAUCAGCGUGAUUGGACCGAGGACUUUAUUUCACACAAUCGCACAAUCAAAGCUGGAGUUUUAAGGCAAAUCGAUAAAAAAUUGAUCUAACUUUGCAAACGUUGAGGGUCAAUCAAUCUUAUUGUUUGUCUUUUUAAAGUUUGGCCUUUUCUGGAAAAUUCUAGGUGCUCUAAUAUUAUGUUUAUAGUAAUCCAACAGUGCUGGAGACAUGACCCUGAACCUACGGUUUCCUGACUCCCACUGUUUAUCUGAAUGAUAUAAGACUGCAGGUUAUCUCAACCACAAAGCACAACAGGCCCGUUUUUUUUUUCUACGCUGAGUUUUUUCUCAUCUCUUGUUUAUGUAACGUGCUCAGGAUACUCCAGGGAUCAUUAUUUUUCUGCUCUGGCUUUCGAAGGCUGAUAAGAGAAUCAAGUAAACACUGCAGUGCAGUACGGCGUGUAUUUUGUUGCAUCAAAAAGAGCAGUGACGCCGCAGAAACACUCAUUAUUUCCUCUUAAUUUAGACGAUUUUUGCAGGUAUAUGAACUCAGCGCCGUCUUAUCAGCUCUCCUGGUUACUCCCCUUUCGAGUUCAGCCGUUUCCUGUUGUAGAGUGGGGCAGUAAUGUUGAGGUAUUUGCCCUCACUAGCUUAAUGGACAUCCGAAUGCCACUCAGCAAGAACCCUGACCAAAAUUACGGGGCGCCAAACAUCCUGUAAGCGUAGAAGGAUGUUUACAGCAAAAGCCCAGCACACCAUCUCUCAGGGGCAGCGAUAAGCACAGCCUGAUCUCUGGCACAGGCCGGGACACAUGCAGCUGUUAUGCACAGGCUGUUUUUCCAGGUAUCCCUGCAGUCUGAGCGACGUAACGGGUGAUGUCAGCUCUCGAGCCAAGUGGACAUGACUAACCACUUCUGUGAGGCACUACACAUAAUGGUGGACCACCCACAGUUUGUGCUGGUUGGUGGUUGGGUGAAGUUGACCCAAACAAACCAAUAAUCAAGUGUUGUUGUGCCUUUUGUAGAGGUUGAUAAGCUCUGGAGUGAAUCUAGAAAAAGGGUUUUGGACUCAGGGUUUGGAUUUGUGGACUAUCAUUAUUGUCCUGUGUGUUUUUAUUCGCUUCACUAAAGGGGGGCCACCAGAGCUGCCAUCUGUCCAGACCCCACGACCCCACAUCCUUUGAGUCUGCGCUGAAGUUGUUGGAAAGCCUUUUGUUUGCGACUGUUUCCUUGUUUUUGUGCUUUUUAUUGGCUCUGAUUAUAAACCAUGCAGCUGCAGGUGAAGAGAGGAGAGCAGGGGGAGGAGCAAGUGGAGCUUAAAUGGGCGCCAACAAGCUAAUAUUUGCAGGGCGAAGAAAGGGACGCUAGAAAACCUAAUCUCUAUAAGGGCUGAAACGAUUCAAGUACCAGAAAACGAUAUUUUGGUUUUGUGGAGCAGAAAAAAUGAAUGAUGAGAAGGUCUUUUCUUCUGCAGAGCUCCAGUAGAUCAUUAACAAUUCUGAGUCGUGGGCGGAGACAGCACUGCUCUGAACACUCCUCUUCACGCUAGCUUGCAGCCUAACAUUGCCGGUGUAUUAGAAGAAGCAAACAUAGGAGUUAUAGACAUGGGGGUAAAAGCCUGCUUGGGAGCGAACUGAUAUCAAUGAAAAUGCCGUAUUGUUUGCAAGUUCUCCCUGACACAAUUGCAAUAAUUUGCUUUGUCUUUCAUUGCAUCAAAAUCAGAAAAACAUUUGCUUAAAUAUCCAUGAAUUUCACUUAAUUAACCAGGUUGUAACGUUGUUUUAGAUGUUUCUAAUAUCAGGCGCAGGGUUGUAAUGUUUGCCGAUUGUUUGUUUUGCCGAUUUGUGAAGUUUACCGCACAACAGCUCCUUGUCAUUUUCUUUCUCCGUUGACUCCGCUAGUAAACAAAUAAGAAAUGUCCCGCUUUCUGCCCCCCGGCUGCACGCAUACCUGCGAUGACGUUGCACAGAAACCCGUCUAUUCAGCUCUCAGACACUAAUGUCUUUAGGGACACGAUGAAAGCUAAUAUUAUAGUUAGCUUUCUUACGAGCAUUGCAAUCCGCUAACGCACCACUUGUUCCGCGAUCAUCCUCUCUGUUUCUCUGGGGGCGGAGUUUGAAUUUGUGACAUAUGAAAUCUCAUUGUAUGUGAGUCUGUGGUUUCGGUCCAACUACUCGAGUUAUCGCCGAACUAUUUGGUGGAAUACCCAACUACUAAAAUAUUCAAUAGCUGCAGCCCUAAUCCUAAUCUUUAAAGUUAUUAAGAUGCAGACUUAAAAAGGUGGUAUUAUCCCCAAACUCUCACUCAGAUUUGUCCAAUCUACUUUUUUUGAUGUUGUAACAUUUACUCUGAGUAAGCAAAUCUUACAAAAACACGUUUUUUUUUCCUCUUAAAUGUCCACAGAGGCUUAAUCAGAGGGAAGAGUUGAGCAGGGAGUUCAUAUAAUAAACGAGAAAGUAGCCAGGACCACAGUGCUGCUGGAUUCAGCUGUUCGCACACGCAUUAGUAAUUAUUUGUCAAAUGUCGUGACAAAACAUCAGAUUUUGCAACGAGUUCACCGCGCAGCCAAAAAUGUUACAACACCGCUUUUAAGUGCAUGACACAUUGUUUUCAGCGGGGUUAUACAUCCUACUGUUUGAUGGUCUGAGGCUUAUAGUGAUUAAGUAGCUGACAUGCAACAAACAGAAAAGUCGGGAUUGAGAGUAUAAUCUUUAUGUCUUUCAGUUUGGAAAAGCUGCGGGAAACUUUGUUCAAUAGAAAAUCGAAAACGGAUGUGUUCAGGCACAUUUGUUACCCAAAGGUUCAGUGCCUCUUGGUGCACGCCAUAAUCACUCACGAGCCGCGGCGCAUAUCUGGGCUGCACGCUGUCGGUGAGGUUGGCUGUUCCAUCAUAAAGAAGGUAUUUAUAGCGGAAAUGAGCACAAUGUCAGACUGGAUGUUCCCACCAUGACAAAUACAUUCCAUUUCGAUGGGAUUUGUCCGAGUUCUCCCACCACUACCUUUAGGAUUAGUCAAAUGUUUCUCCAUGACCACAUGUAGAAGUCAAGAAAGGAGGUAAAGAGGACAUCACAGCUCUGUUAAAGCAGCUCUCUGUGAUGUAUGUUCUGUGCUGCUAUAAGACAAGAUAUAGUCUGUGCAGUGCUGUGCUAAUGUAUGAAAAACAGCCUCUGCCAAGAGCAGCUGCAGGACCCCGCAACACAGGGCGCCGUGUAUGUGUGUGUGUGUGUGUGUGCAUGUGUGUUUGCACCCAGCAUAUGUGACAGAGCAGCUGAUCUUCUCCCAGCUGUUUCCAAUUUGCACAUCAGAAUAAUGUUUUACAAUCCCACUUUCAGUAAGCCUCCUCCUCCCCCCCUCUCUCCUGCCCUCCUCUCUCCUCCCCUCCUUUCCCCUCGUGUGAUGCAGCUUUAACUGCGAGCAGACCUGAGGAGACUUGUAACAACGCACUGGGUCAAUUCAAGCAGCAACCUCCGGAGUUGAAAAAUAAAGCCUUUGCAGGGGUUUUAAAAAACUGCAGUUCCUCCAGUGUCCACUUGAGGCAGGGUGCAAAAACUAAAUGAUUCUUUUUAUAUAAUUUUAUUUGAAAUCCUCCUGUUACUCAGAAUAAUAGAUAUACACAAGAAAGGCUAAAUGACUCGAGGUGGAGUCUAACUUGCACAGUCUACACAGCGGCCAUCUUACUCCAGUAUACCAUUCCAGUACGCGCUGUGAUAGCUAACAGUAGGUGAGUAAUCUGCAUGAUCAAAAAUACUCUUAACUCGCUGAAAUCAUGACAGAUUUACAAAUGAUUUUGUUUAUUACAGACCUUAAUAACAUGGCUAUGAGUCUGGAUGCUUGGACACAGUUGUUUCACGGCUAUUUCCACGCAAGGGCUAACUUUGAGUGGCUUCGUGCGAGUUGUCAAGGCUGAGACCACAAUCGAGAUUUUAAUUUCUUGUAUGACAGCCUAUUUUUUUUCAUCCACAGUCUUUGUGGUUGUGCCAGCUGUCUAACUUGGCUAACAGACUUGUUGUGAGUGAGACCAAGUACGUAUUACAAAGUUGAUCCAGCAAUUUUACAUCAGUUAGAGAGGCAGAAAUGCUCUUUCAAUUCAACAUAACUUAAGUUGCACAUGAUAAAAAUAUUUUAAAUGGCAACAUGAGGCAGACAUUUAAAUAUUGAAAAUAAAUAUUGAUAUAUGUUAUUGCUAUAUGUUAUUAUAGUUAUCCCUAUAAUAGAAAUAUUACUAAUAUAACAUACAUGGAAUGAUUUAAUAUAACUGCAUUGUGUGUGUAAGUCUAUUGCUAUUGCUUUACCUAUCUGCUUAAUGUUUAUUUAUUAAAUCCAUGGUUAAAAUUAUUCUUGAGUAUGCAGGAACAUAACUAAAUCUCUGAGGUUUGUUACAAACCAAACUGUUUGAAAAUCGGUUUAAAAUUAGUCAAUCUAUGGUCAUUUUAAUGCUACAUACACCGAAGACUGUAAUCUUAUGGAUGGGCGAGCGUCUUGUAGCAAAAUGGCUGCCAUGCGCGGACGUCAGUUUCCAUCGGCUAACAGCGUGCGUGGGCCAUCUAGCGUUCAUAUAUAUGCUCAGAAUGACAAACUCUUCCUAUUCUGUGUCUGAUUGGGUCCUAAUGAGCAGAAAACCUGCUUCCAUCCCUCUGGAGCGUCUGCUCCUCAUGGUUGCUCCCUCUCCUCUAAGUGCCUUUCAUCGCUCUCCUGUGCAGUGUAUGUUAAGCUGUUCCAUUUCACAGAGUUUAAUUAGACCUGGGAUGAAGCAUAUACAAGUGAUGACCCAGUUCCUUUGGGGUUUGAGAGACAUUAUUAACUGUUGCUUCUUAAUGAGGUGUAAUCCGCCGCUGAACACCGUGUACCUACAUUUAUGUCAUUCAGGUUCCAGGGUUCCUGUUUCUCGUUCUGUCUCUUCGCUUCUUUGAUCCUCGGAGGAAAUAAAACCCUGUUAUAUAAAUUCAAAGUGAAAGCGAUGCUGCUGCUACAUCCUGGCCUUUCAGAUUUACGUCAUGUAUUCUCACAAUGCUCGAGAGCCUUGUAGAGGGUAUCUUGUUAUCACGAUGGCAAGGCUCACGCUGUGAUAGAUUUAUGGUGGAAUAAGGGACAAAAACAGAGCGUACUCCGGGGUUUCAGACGAGUCGGAAAGGCAACCAGACACGCCACACACUAAAAGGAAAACAUGCUAGCUUGAGGGGGAAAAGCACCGAGCAUCCAAAGUCUGAACGGCUUCAGAUCUCUUCAUAGUUGAGCUGUUGUUACAGACAUGCUUGAACUAACCGCACAUGAGCUGUUUGCAGAGCAGAUUUUUUUGACCUGAGGGAUGUGCUUCCAUUUACAUUUGUCUCAUUUCUAUGCGGCGGCAGUGACAUGCAAUCCCAGCAGCCUGCAGCUUCUCAACCUGAAACUCUGUAAUGAAUCGGCUGAAAAAAAAAUUAGAGACUUAUGCGGCAAAGACCAGACGACAAUGUAGAGAGAACAGGAUUAUAAGUCUAAGAUGUUUCAUCAGGGAAGCAGAACUUUCUCAGAUCUCUGGAGUUCUGCUGGGAUGGAUCCAGCUGCUUAUUUUUUCAGCUGUGUUGUUCUUUAAUAACCAAGCCAAAGUACGAGCGCUGUGGGUACAUUUAACUCCAAACUGACUCAGCAGGCACCAUCAGGAAUGGAGAGCUAUGUUCUGCAUGUAAAGAGAGAUAUUUAUGAGUAUAUUAAAGGAGUUAUUUAUAUUUUUACUGUAGUGGGCCUGAAGUGCCAGUCAUGUCGUGUCAAAACUGUAGCACAUCCCUGAUCUAGACUUCUUUUCACAGAGUUUCCUGAGAUUUCUCACGUUUUUAUGAUUUAGUGCAUGUUUCCUGAACCUAAACAAGUAGUUUUUACUAUUUGUAAAAAAAUAAAAGAUAAAAAAAGCUUUUUGAUUAGUUUUAAGGAGACAAAGUUUUCAAGAGGUGAGUGGGAUGUAUCAGUUAUAAGGACUGAUUUUGCGUAUUAAUGUUGACCUGUAAUAAAGAAUGCAAAAUUCCAUGAACAAUUUUUGUGGAGUUGGGCAAGUUAACCUCACACUUUGGUACAACAUGUGGUCAUUACUUAGGGUAAUUUACAACUAGUUAAUACAGUUAUUCCAACUGUAUGGAGCAGGCAUCAACAAGCCAAUGUCCCACCAUCUUCCACAAGUGCAGCACAUAAAAAUAACGGCCAUGUUCAAGUUGAGGUUUUAUCGCUGCUGUUUUCCUAAACUUUAGUUUCUCAUGUUUACAAGACGUUUGUCUUCUUUUGUCCUUUCGAUGCCUCCCAUCAAGCCGCAGAUACAAAAUCCCCUUUGCCAAAAAAAGGACACACAAAAACUCAUUUAUCUCUACUGCAGUUAAUAUCCUAAAUAAAUAAGUCAAUACAACAAUAAGAGUCUUUCCCUGUAAUGCUUCAUUUUGGCUGAUUUUCCAGCUACCUUUUCCCCAGGUAACUCCUCAUUAUAUGUUAGCUAUCAUUGUUUACAUUAGCUGCUGUUAUAAUGAAACCUACAUCUCAGAGUCCUGAGACAGAACAGCUAAAGGCUCAUUUACGCUCAAUGUCACAAACGGAUCUGGAUAAAGACGGAGUUCUUCGUCCGUGCUUUGUGUUCUUUUCUUCUGUAUUUCUGCACGUAUCCUUGAAGCUAAUGGAUACAGGCCAGACGGAGCAGUACCGCUGCCUGAUAGGCAUCUAUAGAGAAAAACGAAGAAGACAAUGGCGGGGCUUUUUGAGUAUUGUCAUAGAUUUCUCUCAUUGGUACGACUAGAGAAAAGAAUUCUCCGUCCUCCAACUGCGAGGCAUUAAGUGGCCUGACCGACUACCGCCUCCUCCAACACUGCCUCUGUUUCUGUCUCCUAUACAAAAUAUACAUUAUCACUAACUCCUCCACAGUCGCCAUGUUUCUUUUUAUUUGUGAAUGUAAAGGACACAUGGAAGUAUGUGGUAUGCAGUAGUCCCAGAAAAACCACGAGGGAAAGUUUGAAAGAGUCUAAUAAGUCGGCAGAUUGUGACGUCAGGUUGUAGUUCUUGCAAAGGUCUUGAAAUGAUCAGAGAUGUCGGAUGUCGCUUGUAUUUCAUUGUUGUUAAACUCUGCUGGGGUUUUGUGUAGGUAUCCAAUGAGGAAACAUUAUGUGUGUGUAUUAUAGCCCAGUUAGGGUGUACGCGUUUGCCUCUACACCCUCAUUAAACUUUCCAAAGUUUACGUCUUGGAGGUUUUAUCUUGUUGUGGGUUCAUGUUUCCAUGCGGAGCCGCAGUUUAAAUAAAGGUCACAGUUAAAAGGGACUAAAUGAAAAGGAUCUGGUGUCUUUUUGUCUUUCUGUUAUAAAGCUUCCACGCAGCACUUCAGGUGUUGCCAAGUGACCAGACCUCACGGUCGUCUACCUGCCAUUCAUCGCGCCGUCUACUGUGUUUAAUUACACACAGUCCACUCUCUAAAUGUCACGACUGAGAUGGAACCAGAACCCUCCGGACUGAAGGUCAACUUAAUUUAGUUUACCGCUGUUAGGAGCUCUGAAAACAGAGCGGAGUCAUUUAUCACAUCGCCUGUUUACAGCUUAAUUCACCACAAGAUUAAAGAGAUGAGCGAAUCGUUUAUCAGCAGCAGCAGAGAUACGGUGAGCUGUAAAGCGGCCUUUAUGGGAGGGUUUAUUGCAGUUUAAUGACGGGGCUAAUUGUUUAUUCUCCUGCAGAUCCGCUGCUGGUGGAUGAUCGACCAGCUUUGACAUGGCCAAGAGGAAGAUGGAGAGCAUCGGGCGGAGCGGGAUGAUGGCGCUCAUACUGCUGUGUAAUCUAACUAAGGUAGAACAGAUUUACUGAAUCACAUUUGUCUGUAUUAGGAGGAGAAACUCAACAAAUCAUGAAAUUAGAGUCUGUUGUUUUUCUUGUUUCUUAACUGUGGAGUUUAGUUUUACAAAUAUUGACCAAUCAGUGUAAUUAAACUCAUUAAUCUCAACGUCAUUUCGAGUUGAUAUUGGAGUGCUUAAAGCUGGUUUCUGGGAGUCAUUAAUAUGUAAUAAUUGGAAAUGUUGGUCUGGAAGUAAUUCUGCAUGGAUGUCAUUAUUUCCAUGAUUCAUUUUGAAAGAAACCAGUCCAGCUCUGUAAAUAAAAACAGCGUCAUCCAGCUAUUUCUAAACAAGAACUUUUUAUUUGCAGAUCUUUGUGAAGGCGAGCAUGGAGGUCAAUGAAACCCAGCAGCAGCAUCCAACCAACGUCUACCACGACAUGGGACUCACCAGGAACAAGAUCGUGACCGCGCAGUUUGAGUGCUACCAAAAGAUAAUGAAAGAGGAUAUGAUAACGAGAGAAGGUAACUCUUUAAGAAUGAACUCUAACACGAAGCGAAGGUGAAAAUCUGAACGUUUUCACAGACUCUCCGUGUGUGCUUUCAGAGCCCAUGUGUAAUCGUACAUGGGACGGCUGGCUGUGUUGGGACGACACCAGGGCGGGUUUAACGUCUGAGCAGCACUGUCCGGACUACUUCCAAGAUUUUGAUCCUUCAGGUGAGUAUGUUUGGGUUCACUUCAGCGCGGCGCUAGAAAGACUCAAUACUAGGCCUGGACGAUAUAGAAAAAAAGCAUAUUGAUAAAAAAUAAAUCAUAUUGAUCGAUAUCGAUAAUUAUCGAUAUAAUUAUUAUAAUUAUUUAACAUAUAUUUUAAUUGCAACCCUGGAUGUUUUAUGCUAUUGCUUAAUGAUCUACUUUUAAUAAAGAACACACAAGCACUGAAUUCAAAUUCAAACCUUUAUUCAACCACCUUUUUUAUUUUACCACAACUGAAAGUUUUUUAAAAAAGAACUAAAAAAAAAAAAGAAAUCAACUUAAGUGGCCUGAGUGACGUCAGUAAAUACUGACAAACAUAAAGACAUAAGUGACCAGAAAAUCUGAUAAAUAAAUAUUUAAAUAGUCUUUUGAUGAAAAUAAACAAAACAAACAAAUAUAUAAAUAAACAGAAUAGCUUUAGGUGGGAAUAGCAUACUACCAGUUUUAACUGUGUGGGAAACUGCCCACAGCCUGGUGUCUGAACACUGAAAUAUUUCUCCCGGGGUCGGGAGAUUUAUUUUUUUUAAUUAUCAUGUGAUUAACUUAAUACACAAACUAAGCACGAGAAGCAGGACUUAAUCAAGCCGGUGUUGUGUCUUAGAAUGCACCCCUGCCGAAUGCACCCCCUGCUAGUAGCCAUGAUCCAAAUACUCGCGUCUUUGUAAAAUAUGAGCUCAUUUUCUUCCACUUUAAGAAGCUACACCGGAACGUAUUUCCUCCGCACCCUUCUCACCUUUUCAACCCCUGACCCAUUUUCAUGCCUGAAGCGCUGUGUUUGAGAAAUACUUGCGGCCGGGCACUUCAUAUCGCGGGUCGAGAGUGGCUAGAAGCUGGUCGAAGCCAGGCUCUUCAACGGUAGUUAUUGGCAGUAUGUCCCUCGCUAUGAAGCAUGUUACUGCAUGGGUGAUGUCCUUAUGCCGCUCGGACGCUUUGUCGUAUUUUGACAAGAAACGAAGUCCAGUUUGGUCUGCUUCCCAUGCUUUGUGCUGGUGCUGGCAGCGGUUCCAGAGGAUUCCUCCUCCGACGACGAUGUGGAGCCGCGGCGCGGCCGACACAGCUCGUACUCCUGCGGGUGCGAUCGGUUUAGAUGGUAAAACAAGUCGGUUGUGUUACCAGACUUGGUUUUUACUAAUUCUCUGCAAAUUUUGCAAACGACCGCUGUUCGCUUUUUGUCAGACUUCUAAAAACCAAAACACUGCCAUGCUAGUGAACAACUGAAACCUUUUUUUCGGGACAAUGUCCUCCGCUUCUCCUUGCUGUAUCAUUUUUUCUAAUACACGUGCUGUCUGUUGUGGUUUGAGAGGGGCUGGGCUUGGUGCCGUAGCGUACCUGGGUCUGCGUUUGUGAUUGGUUGGGAGGAAGUAAUGACUGUAGUAAAAGCUACAUGAUAGGCUAUGAUGAAAAAGAAAGGGAAACUGUGUUUUUCUAUCGAAUUUUUUAUCGACCCGUUUUUUUUCUAUCGCACCACACGUCUAUCGAUCGAUAUAUAUUGUUAUCGAAUUAUCGUCCAGCACUACUCAAUACUGGGAAACAUUGUCCACAUUGAAGCAUUAGAUGCAGCUUAGAUAAAGCUGAAAAGUGCCUAAGAUAGCUCUAGCUCUUCCAUAAGUCAAAUACUAAUUCCUGAAUUUAUUUUGUACCUCUUCAGUUUUGCAGUGCUGUCUUUGGUUAAAGGUUAUACAUAGGGGUGAGCGAUAAAACGAUCAUGAUAUCAAAAAUUAAUUUCCCUCGAUAUCGAUAUGAAACAUGAUCAAUAUGCUUUUCGAUAGCCGACAUUCUGCCAUGUUUUGGCGAACUAUAUGAAUAGCCAGUGAAAAGGGGAGUUGCUUCAAGUCGUGCAGAGAUAAACCAAUCAUGUGCCGAACUUUAACCAAGUAGCCAACAACUGUGUAGUAGCAGGCUGCAGCUUCACGCAACCAAAGCGCUUUAACACGUAAAGCUGACAGCACUGUCGGUGAGAAAGAGAGAAAAUGAGUGCUACUGCCGACAGAAAUGCAGAUGAAGGCUCAACAGAUGACGACAUCAACACAACACUGGCAGAAAACGUCGGUGUCGUGGAGAUAUUUUGGUGACAAGAGAAUUUUUGAUACGGUGAUUUAUAUCGAUAUCGACUGAUAUGAAAAAAAUAUAUUGCAAUAAACUUUUUCCCUCAUCACCCAGCCCUAUUAUGAAGCUUUAUGGACAAAUUUAGAAGCAACAUUUGUGCAGCACGUCAAAGAGACUACUGAAUGUGUCGAAUGCUGACAUGGGAAAAGCUUUUAGCCCUGUCACUGUUCCUAGAAGGCUCAGAGAGGAAUACACCAAAUGCUUAAAAAGCAAGCAUAAUUUCCUAAUUAGACUCAGUCCUUCUUAUCACCGCACACUCUGGUGUCAUGUGGUUUUAUGUGUUAGUCUCAUGGAGUUUCAGAACUCUGUUGGGCUGCGGGGUGUCGUGAGAAAAUGUCUUUUUAUGCCGCUUUGCUGCAGAGUAUAAAAAUACGAGGAACAUUUGUUACAAUUUAGUAAAACAUCUUCUCUGCGCAGAGAUGGUGACAAAGAUUUGCACCGACAGUGGUCACUGGUUUCUGCAUCCAGAGAGCAACCGGACUUGGACCAACUACACCCGCUGCAACGAGCACACUAAUGAAGGCAGAGUGGUAGGUCACGGCUUUAAAUGCACGCAGAAUGUAAAACAAGAGUUAUUGUUGGCGCUGACCUUUAAGAGACGCGUGCAGUUACUGAGAGGAGGAAAAUAAUAGUUUCUGCACUUAGUUUCUGUUAUUCUCUGAUGGCUGUAGAGAGAAUGAGCAGAAUGAACUAAGCGAAAGUGGAAGAGUCGAAGAAGAAAAAUCGAAAUCCAAAGUAGUCAUUUAAGUUAGAAUUAUGGAUUAAGUGAACUAGUGAAAAACAAGUUAUGCAGGACAAAUUAUGAGGUAUAAUGGUGAUAAAUAAAGAGAAAAUCAAGGAUUAUAGAUCAAGCAAAAGAAAACAUCCUUUAGAGUUACCAGACUAAAAAAAUCAGCCUGAGGUGCUGCACUGUUUUUUCUCACUUCACUUUUAAUGGAAAUGCUCAACGCCGUGUGAGUUUCAGCAGCUAAGUGAAGACAUUUUAAUGAAGCUACAGAGAUAAUUAUUCAAAUUAAUGCCAUCACAAAUCCUUAAAUGCAAAAGUCUUUUAGUUUGAUGAAGUGAAAUGGUUUCAUCUGCGUCAGUUUCCAGCACUAUUCAUUAUAAGCUCUCCUCUGGACCACAUAUCUAUUAUUCUCCGACAUAAAACCUCAAGAGGAGAUUCAGGGGAUCUGAUUUAUGUCUUUUGUCUCUCUUCCAGACAGCGAUGAACCUUUUCUACUUAGCCCUCAUAGGACACGGACUCUCGCUGACAUCCCUCUUGAUCUCCCUCGCUAUAUUCUUCCAUUUUAAGUGAGUUGACAAACCUCGUCCUAUCAUAACUCACGGUUCAUAUUCGUGAAGGUUAACGGCACUUAAAUGUCAUUUUAUCUUUCUGCUCCUGCAGGAGUUUGAGCUGCCAGAGGAUCACUCUUCACAAAAACCUCUUCUUUUCUUUCGUUCUCAACUCUGUGAUCACCAUCAUUUGGCUGACAGCCGUGGCGAACAAUCAGGAGCUGGUGCAGAGGAACCCAGUGAGUUAUUGUAGAUACUGUCAUAUUACUUUAAUCUAAGCUGCUGUAUUUAGAUAUAAAUCAGGGUAGGAGCUCAACAUUGAAUUGCACUGAAGGGAUCGGGCUGGAUAACCGUCUUUGUUUGUUUUUUCCCCCUCUUAGACCAGCUGUAAAGUGUCCCAGUUCAUCCAUCUGUACUUGUUUGGCUGUAAUUACUUCUGGAUGCUGUGUGAAGGGAUAUACCUGCACACCCUCAUCGUGGUGGCCGUGUUCGCAGAGAAGCAGCACCUCAUGUGGUACUAUCUCUUAGGCUGGGGUAAGUCGCGACCGUGGGUCAACGCCAAUCACUGUGUCUGCUGUUCUGUGCACCGGUGGACUGAUUUUAAAGUUUCUGACACCUUAGCAGGGAGGAUGUGUAACUGUUCAGUUUUUCUCCUGUUUAGGUUUUCCUCUCAUUCCAGCUUCUAUACAUGCAAUCGCUCGAAGUUACUACUACAAUGAUAAGUAAGUGUCGCCCAUCGCACUUAGCAUGAAAUCUAAGGAUUAAGGUUAAGGUUUAGGUCGAGUUAAGUUUAUCAAACUUUUAUGUGACAGAUGAAUUAUUCCUUAGAGGAUUAAUAAAGUGACAUGACUCAGCUCAGCUUCACUGAACCUAAACUUAACCUAAACCCAUCUAAAACUUAACUCAAACUUAAAAUUAAGUUUAUUAAACUUUUAUGUGAGUGAUAAAUUAUUUAUUUGAGGGUUAAUAGUGACAUGACAUGACUUAACUUAACUUAAACUUAACUUUAACCUAUCCUAAACUUUAAGUUAAGUUUAUCAAACUUUUAUGUGACUGAUGAAUUAUUCCGUAGAGGAUAAAUAAAGUUACAUAACUCGACUCAGCUCAGCUUCACUUAACCUAAACUUAACUUAAACCUAUCUUAAACUUAACUUAAACUUAAAAUCAAGAUUAUUAAACUUUUAUGUGACUGAUUAACUAUCCCUCAGAGGAUUGAUAUAGUGACGUGACUUGACUCAGCUAAACUCAACUUCACUAAACUUAAACUUAAACCUAUCGUAAACUUAACUUUGACUUAAAGUUAAGUUUAUCAAACCUUUAUCUGACUGAAAAAUUAUUCCUUCGAGGAUUAACAACGUGACUUGACUCAAUUCAACUUCCCUUAAUUUAAACCUAUCUUAAGCUUAACUUAAACCUAAAGUUAAGUUAAUCAAACUUAUUCCUUUGAGGAUUAAUACAAUUAUAUGACUUGACUCAGCUCAACUCAACUUCUCUUAACUUAAACCUAAACUUACUUUCCUUUACAGUAAGACUGUUUUACAGUUUGCAAGCACCGCCCACAAAAGAUUUGUCACCUGAUGUUUUUAGCCUGGAUCUUGGGACCUUUUUUCAGUCAUUUGAAGAAAGUUAGGCCUUUACCUUUUACUAAAGGGCUCAAGUGAAAGAAGUCUGUCUAAACAUCUUAUCUUUUUUGUUAAUUAGAUUUACCCAGAUCCCUUAAAAGAAGGCAAAAACAUUAUUUGUACCAUCCAGUUUAUUUUUUCAAACACAGUGUUUUAGUUUUUUAUUCAUUUAAACUCAAGAAGUUCAGCUCCAUUUAUGAUUCAAAGUCCCUGCAAAAUAGACACCAGAGGAAGCGCCUAGAAAGAAAACAUAACAUGGCCCAAAACGGAGCCUUGAGGGACCCCACGAGUUCAAUAUUUUAAAAGGAUAGAGAUGAUUUAUGCAAACUAAAUCCCAGUGAAGGAGGAUGUAGAUCCCGCCAUGAGAAUGUACUUAAAAUGUGAUUUAAAGCUGAUUAUAGCUUGAUCACAGUUAUACGUUUCCAUACAUGAGAUAAUGAUUAUCAGCUGUUUGUUAUCCCGCUCUAAUCUGCAGCAUAUGAUUUAUUCAUACUGCUGAUUUAAAUGUCUCUCUCUCUCUCUCUCUCUCUCUCUCUCUCUCUCUCUCUCUCUCUCUCUCCUGCUGUAGCUGUUGGAUCAGCUCCAAAACAUCAUUACUCUACAUCAUCCACGGUCCCAUCUGUGCCGCACUUUUGGUAAGAACUUUUCAUCAUUUUCUGACACCAAUCCACCAGUGCAAAGUAAAUCCUAACACUGUGUUUUCACUGAAAGAAACCCACUGAGCGGACUGUUUUUACUGGGCGACGAGCAUUAUAAAAGAAGGCCUUUGUUUGUGUGCUCCUCGGAGGACACCGUGGGGGGCCUGGAAGCAAGACACUGUUUGAUAGCGUGCUUAAUUAUGUUUAUCUUGUGAAAUCAAUACAGCCGCCCCCUCUGAGGAUCCAACCACUGGUCCCCUGGUCUCUGUUGUAUUCUAGAAAUCCGGCUUAUCAGCACUGGCGCACGUACUUCAGAGAAAAACGGUUCUUUUUCAACUCCGGGUGGACUUGAUGUUAAAAAAAUCAAACAGCCUUUCUGUUUUUUAGUCCAAGAACUUUUAAAACAGAGCACCUGAGGUCCCACAAGUGUAAUUUUCUGUUUUUAUAUUGAUGGAACAAGAUUAAAAAACACGCUCAGACAAGGUAAACACGUAGUUUUACAAGAUAAUUAUCAGCGUCUUGUGGGUACAAGUUAUUACCUCAGGUUGUUAAGUCAUAAUGUAAUAAUCUUGCAGUGAAAGUUUAGUGUUUAUUUACUCGUAUUUUUGAGUUUAUAUCUGACACACAAAAGAAAUAUAGAGUGUAAACAAAAGUAAAACUGGGGCAUACAGGAUAGAGGGUUUAUUCUAUCUGACCUGUUGAUAGGGCCGGGCGAUAUGGCCUCAAACCAAUAUCACAAUAUAUUGAUCAGUUCACCUUGAUAAUGAUAAAUGGACGAUAACUACUCCACAAGCUGCUCGCCUCCUCACACAUGAAUUUUGUCUACUUUAGCCGCUACAACUUUUGAACCGUCCUCCAUCUCCUCACCUGUCUUUACCUCUUUGUUACGGACUGGAUGGGGUGGAGUCACGUCUCUGACGUAGGACAGCGUCUUAAAGGGACAUGAGACCAUAGCCUACCUACACACAUCCAAAACUAACUUUUAUUUACUUAUUUUUUGACACCGAAUUAGGGCAGGGCGAUAUGGGAAAAAGUUUAUCACAAUAUAUAUUUUUUUAAUUUCAGUCGAUAUCGAUUUAUAUCAGGACAUAAAAAAUGAAAUUUAACAGUGCUUAUUAGUAGCACGUCUUUAACAAUACAAUAAGCUACUGCGUCUGUGUGGUCUUUGUGUUUCUGACGUUUUGUCGUAAGGCGUUGUGCUGGACAGAGCAGACUAAAUGGCUGACUGUUUUGGAUGCACAGGCGCCAUGGGCUACUUGCUCCAUUCGGGGUUUGUAACCUUUUGAUUUGCGCGUGAUUUGAGGUAUUGACUUUACGAGAACAUGUACUCAACAUAAUUUACAGUGCAUAUUACUCUGCUUCAUAUUCGACCUCAAAAAAACAAAAUAUCUCCACACCACCGACGUCGGUUAUCAAAUUAAAUUUCGGUAUCUGUAAAUUUUCUGUUCAAAUCCUGUUGAUGUGUGCUGAUUUAUCCUGCGUCACUCUCUGCUCUCUCCUCAGGUCAACCUGUUCUUCCUACUAAACAUCGUUCGAGUGCUCAUCACCAAACUGAAGGUGACCCACCAAGCAGAGUCCAGUCUCUACAUGAAGGCGGUGAGAGCCACCCUCAUCCUGGUGCCCCUGCUUGGAAUCCAGUACGUCCUGCUCCCCUACAAGCCCGAGGGACGGAUCUCCUCUGAGAUCUACGACUACAUCAUGCACAUACUCAUGCAUUACCAGGUGAGACCACCGCUGAAUCAAAGCAGCACGAUAAAUCCUUCAGAGAAAGGUCUUUGGGAUUUAUUUAGCAGUGUGGCUGAGGGACUUUUUCCAGCGUCUUAGCACAUUUCUGGUUAAAGACAAACACAUAAACAGCUGUGCAUUGUGUUAUGCCUUUACAUGCAUGCCCAGAGUGUAUUUUUAGAUUGGUAUUCAAAGUUUACAGUGUGUUACAUGCGCUGCAGUGAUCCUCUGUGCUAUAAAUGCGUAGUCCUCUUGCCCUUGUUAUGUGUAUUUCACGUAUUGUGAAACUCGAUUGCAUGUCAGUGACCCUCUUUUGCAACGACAAAGACGUUUGUUUUCCAAUAAGGAACUGUUGCAGAAACCCAAAUAUUUUCUCAGCUCUCAGUAGAAGCUGAGAAUUCCCAUUGGCCGCAGACCUUGUUUGUGUUGUAAAGCGGGAAAGAACAGCAGGAAGGAAGGCAUGAAUUAUCUGAGCUGAAAGGGGGCUGAAAUCAGUUGGCGAGGUGUUAUCUGAUCAUCCUGUGCUGUCCAAGCAGCGGGCUGCUCUGGGAGUACUUAUUGUGCAACAGGCCCAAUCAGCUCCUAAAAUUACAUUCACUUUAAUGCGUUGUUAUUCUGCUUCUUGGUCCCCUAAAAUAACUUAGAGGUGAUUGUUACGAGCAGAUACUGAACGCGUGUGGCAACAGUUUUCUCAUUUGCUGUCUUUUUUUUUAAUUUCAGGGUCUCCUGGUGGCCACGAUCUUCUGCUUUUUUAACGGAGAAGUAAGUCGCUGUCAUGUCCUUUCACUUUCACCUUUUUAAGUCUUUAGGUUUAUGCAAAAUCACACGUCCACACUUCCCCUUUGUGGUCAGGGAUUUCCUCGUCCUCACCCUCUCAAGGACGAGUUUCAUCACGAAGAUGAUUGAUCAGAUGAGUCCAGAAGCUUUGAAUGGAAUUUAUCGACUUCAGUUUUAAAUUGGGUGCACAUUUCUACCAAUUUUAUAGAUAUUUAAAGGGAUAGAUCAGUGUUUUUGAAGUGAAGCUGUGUCAGGUACAAAAGUUGAGCAAUAGACGGCGAUUAGAAGUCUGUUUUUUAUUUUUUUUUAACCUAACUUCAACCUCCUAGAUUCUGUUUAUUUUUAGACGGAAUUUAGAUGUUGCACUUUAACCCAUAAUUCGAUAACUUUUUAUUUAAAAAAGCAACUGUGAGUUACAUAACUGAUCUCCAAGAACUUAACCAAAAUAAUUAUGACAGCCAUUUAGCAAAAUACAGUGCCCAGAUUUAGAUUUGGUCUAAAUUUGGACUGGAGACUGGAAGCAUUUUUAGACCUGUGGUAGCCUGAUUUUAGACCAGUCACCUGGGCUACAUUUAGAGGUCUAUUAAGCUGAAAACAUACAGGAUCUGGUAUUGAGCGCAUUCCGUGUUUGCUCCGUAUAGCAGCGCUGUCUAUUGCACAAAGGAUGCGUAUUUGGAGCGUAGCAGCAGCGUAGUGCAGCCCCGGUCAGGUGGGCUCAGUAUAGAGGAAACAACAUGCUCACAACAGGUUGUUUUUCCCUUUCUGUGGUCGAUUUCCUGAUAGUUUGGAUAUAAUUCAGUGGCUGUUGAGUCUCUACUGUAUGUGAAAAAGCAAGUUUGGGUUUUUGCAGGUUUACUCGUGUUAAACAAAGUAAACAAUGUUCCUUUACACUGUGCUGUUACCUUCAAAGUCAUAUUGGGGUCCUCAUGGAUCAGGGAUUGACCAUCGGGAGUUCACAUAUGAUGUUUUAUUUUGAAAUACUGGAUGACAUGCGCGGGUUUCGUGUUUGACUUCCUGUCUGGAUCGAUCUUCUCUGCGUGGAUUGACGCACAUUGAAAGCGUAGAGCAGCAAAAAUAGACUCGCUGUGGCCACACUCCAAGUACACAUCCUGUAUGUUUUAGCCUUUAGACCUCUUUUAGACCAAAAAAUGCUAGGGGGCAUGUAUUAUCAAAAUAUUUUGGAUAAAUGUUCAUAAAAAUAGAUUCUGAUGAUUUGCACAUAAAUUAACUCGGCUGUCAAACCUGUUUAUCCUCCACUAAUCAGAUCUGAAUCAACUUGAAUUUUGCCUCAUUGUCAAUAAUUUCACACACAGAUUUAUCACUGAUUGCUGUUCUUUAUACGUUAAGUAGAUAAUCACAGCUUCAUGUCUGUGCACUAAUUACAGAGUCAGAGUAGCGCUGGUGUUAUGUCGAGACUGGAAGCAGGGGAAUAGUUAGCUUAAUUAUCUUUGCUGGGUGAAGGGUGUAAUAGCCGUACAGAAGCACCGGGUCAAUAUACCCGUCUGUUGUAUGUCAAUAGUUUGUCUUAAACACGCAGACAGGCAAUAUUUUGAUCACGCUCGAUUGAUCUGUCUGUGACAUUUCCUCUCUCUGUUCAGGUUCAAGCAGUUCUGAGGAGACACUGGAACCAGUAUAACAUCCAAUUUGGCAGCAGCAUAGGAAACCACUCAGACGCCCUACGCUCGGCCUCCUACACGGCGUCCUCCAUCACGGAGGUACAGGGCUGCUACAGCAUCGACGGACACUCAGAACACAUGAACGGGAAGAGCUGCUUCGACACGGACACCUCCAUGUUAAAGUCAGACAGCCCCUUCGCCUGACUGCGGCAGCCCUGCCUCUGACCACCCCUCCUUUAAAAAAACUGCAGCAUGUUUGGACCUCUAGGCAGGAAAACGGAUUUUAUAACCACCUGAAGGAAACCCUCCGUCACGCUGAGACAGAUACGUACAGUGAGCUCUCCUGCGCUCUGUUUCGUCUAUCAUUUGCGACUGAGCUGCUUCACAUGGACUGGGAUGCGUUUGGAAAACUACACUUUAUUUCUGGACGAAUGUCAACUGCUCGACCGUCUUUUUGUGCACAAAAGCCUUUUGUUACACUGUAUUAGUUUGUUUUUUUUACACGGUUAGUGCCAAACUUGGACAUCCCUGCCUGCCUCCACACAGAAUUAGGUCAUCUAAUAGGUGAAUAAUAUAAGACUAGAGUUAUAUAAUAUCUUUCACAUGUAACUUAACUUAUCUAAACAUAUUGUUUAUUAAAUAUACGUUUAAAUAAAUACCGUACAGUAUUUAUUAAAGUGGACAUGCUACGUUUUUGCAAAAGUAGUCAAUUAAGGAUGAUAGGACUUCAUGCCAGCGUUGUGUUAACGUUACAGUUGAUGGUUGACAGAAUCAAACCGGCUUUAGGAUAAUGUUAUUGUACUUUAAUUUAUAGAUUUCCUCAUGCUAAUGUUUGAGCCUCCUAAAGUGAUCCUUAUACUGACAUGAGCAUCCACAGAGAAGCUGUAGUGAAGUCACAUUUAACACUUAAAUACUCCUGUAUCUUCUCAUAACACUUGAAUGUAACAGUUAGACAUUAAAGACUUGGUUCAGGUCACGUCACAUUCCCGCUCACUCCUGUCCUUAGCCUUACUUUUACCGCAGUAGUUGGACGAAACCGUAAAACAAGCAUCAGCAGGUGUUCAGACGGACCACAGCACGCUUCGAAAUGACUCCCAAUCCAGGAAAGCCAGUGUGACAAACACACACCUGCUUCCUCUAAACGACGCGCCUUUGACACGAUCUGCAGUUAUUGUUAGUUGGAAAACGGCCCAUUAAAGACCACCGAGACUUAGCAUGUGAGUUUCUGCAGGCAAGUAGAACAUCAUUGUGGUCAGUAGUUAUAGUUUUUUUCUCAGAAGAGCAAAUAGAUGAAAUAAAGUUGAAGAAGUUUUAAAAGAGGGAGUCCUACAGAUAACUCCUCAUGCAUAAGAAGUGGAUGUAGCCUCUUCCAUCUAAAAGUGAAGCCAAUAAUGAAGUAUCUUAAACCUGCAUUAUCGCCACUGGCCAGCAGGGGGCCUGGUGAGCUUCAACCCUCAGCCAUGAUGAUUUCUUGAGCAGAAAUCAAAAGCAUUUAGCAAACAGACUAAGUGGAAUGGAAUUUUAUAUUGAUAACUAUGUUUAAAUUUGCAUAAAAUAACAUGGGUAUAAACAAACAAGUUCUGUUCGUAUCAGUAUUUAGUUAGGGGCUGCAUGAUAUCCACCAUUUGGAAGACGAAAAAGAGAGCAGGAGUAGAAGCUGAAUUUAGCUGAAGUAGAAGUCUUUAAUGGUAAAGACUUGACAAAUAGAUGAUCGUGCAUCGUUGGAGCUUCUUGACCAUGAAGGCUACCGUCACUUUGACAAUGGGAGGGUUGAGCAAGGCAGCAGAUGUAGACUCUAACUGCUAGAUAUGCUCAGUAUUGCUUUAAUUUAACAACUAAACAUGUCCGUCAUUGUUAAUAUUUGCAAUUAAAAAUGUGUAGGAAAGCAUGAAUAAUUACAACAUAUAAACUGCCAUGUUGCAAAUGUGAACGUAACCAGUCAGAAACUCCUCUAAGGGGCUUUAAGUACGCUGCUAAUGCACCUGACAAUCCAGGAUAGAAGUAGAGCGAAGCUUCAAAUCCAAACAUGGUCACUCUGGCCUCCAAAAACCAAGAUGGAGACACCCAAAGAGACAGAAAAAAAACAAAGUCCACGAGCUAGUGGUCCACCUCUUAGUGGUUACGUCCUCUUCUUCUGUACAGAGCGAGUGUAAUGCUGCUGUCAGUCUGAACACAUCGACAUGUGAUGAUAUUAUCAUGCAUCAAAAACUGCAAAAAAACAACAUAAUGCAAAAAACGAUCAUAGUGAAGCAUUUAGCUCAGACAAAGUCGUCAGAAAUCAUUUACUGAUCACAAACCUUCACUCACUUUUUCUUAAGUUUGUAGUCCACAGUGCUGGGAACAUAAGUCACUAUCAGCUGUUGUAAAUAUUUUUUUAUAUAUAUAUAAAUUUAGAGUUUCUGAGAGGAGAGCAAGUUGAACUUGUGAGUGUGUGUGUGCAUGAUUAAUAUACAGUAUUUAUGAGUACAUAAUAUCCCGGAGUUCGAGCAGCCAUCUUCUGUGACAGCAUGUGGGGCGGCGGUGAGGAAGCUGUCUGAUCUUUGUGUCGGAAAAAGGGAGGAGGCGGUUGGGGGGUUGAUAUGUACAGGUUGCCGAUGUGGGUUUGUGACAAGAUACUGGACUUGUCAUCGUUUCCUUUUUCGGCUUUCUGCUUAGCCUGGAUUUAUAAAGUGAGGAAAGAAAAACUCCUGUUUCUGUUUAGGCCGUCUGUGCUGCAGGAAACAAGCUGAGGACUCACAUCACAACCACCAAAGGGCAAGUUACAAAUGUGAACACAUACUUAAACUGUUUCCCUCUUUUUUUACUUUAUCAAAAAUACAGAGACAGACAGAGGAGGUCAUUUGCUGUCUUUCAGAUUGGGGGUAAAACCACUUACUUGCUAUCCUCUCCAUUCAAAUACGAUCAAAUAAGCUCAAAAUGAUCUUAUCUUCUUCUUUAAAAUGUCUAACCUGCAAAGGUCAAACACUAAAAGGUCUAUUUCUACCCUUCUCGCCACACUACCAGCAUUUACUUCUACUUGAGGAAACUUUUGCGAGGUUCCUGCACCACCGCCGCUGUCUUUUGAAGAGCUCUGAGCAUCAAGUUCGGAUCUUUUUUGGUACAAGUUUUUGUAUGCAAAGUCAAAAAUUCCCAUCGUUCAACGAAAAAAAGGAAAGAAAUGCUGUUGUUCUCCUCAAAGUGGAGGAUCCGUCUUACGAAACAGCUCAAAGCACAACAGGAAAGUGAAUUAAAUGACGUAAAUGUAAUAAUUUGACCUUUGAGGUGGAUCUCUUGGCUGCCGCUGUCUCAGUUAAAGGCACAGGGUUGGAUUCGGUUUGAACCGAGGCUGCAGCUUCAUGCAUACACUUUGUACUUUUUGCAUCACACCUGCAGGACAGUUUAUAGUUCAUAGUCAUUAAUAGCUUCACAUUAGUGAGUUGCAUUAAGUGACCGGUGUAAAAUACUGCAUUAUGAUGUCCUCAUGAAGCACAUCAUUCAACAUGUAGUGAUGCAUCUUAACUUGGAAGGACGCUUCGCUCCUUUCAGCACAAGCCAGAGAACCUUGGCCUGCGUAUUCGCUCCUUUGUACCAUUUGAGUUGUGUAUUUAAGUGUGUAAUAUUUUCAAUGUGAUUCUCAAAAGGCUUUGUGACAUGUUGUAUGGAAAGUAUGACAAAAGCAUUGAGGUCGAUGUCUGUAGUUUUUGUUCAUACUGUACUGUAUUUAACUUUGGUAGUCUUGACACAUUGACUCCACACUGCUGUUUGAAUGUAAAUGGUUGUGUUUUAUUCUCUGGAUGUGGAAAAACAUAUAUAUAUAGAUAUAUUUACAUACAAUGUCUCUUUUUUUAUUAUUUCACUGAAAUAGACAAUGUUGCUAUCUUGUGUGUGUAUCUGAAUACUAAUACAGUUUAGCACAGCACCAGCCCUCCACUCUUUAGUAUUUCUUUGUUUUAAUUGUUUGAGUCCUGCUCAGUCCAGAAGCUCACGUCAUUAUGUAGACUGGUAUGGUUUUCAUUUAAGGGUAAGUUUAUCUCAGACAAGGACUUCCUAAAUGGUCCAUGUCGUGAGCGGCCGACGGAAAAUUAGGAGACAAGCCGUCUUCCUUACUGACGACCAGAAGGAAACAGGAGACGAAAAAUGGAA